UUUAACGGCUUUCAAAAUUAUUAAAUUGAUUACAACGUAAUAUUAACUAAAUGUUAACCAAAUUUUUAAUAUUAUAAACUGAUAUGAGUCAAACAUAUUUUCCAUACUAGAUAUAACUGAUAAUGAAAAAUUAAAAAUAUCGAAAUCAGCAGACGGGCAUGUGUAUCCAAACAAAUUCGUUUUAUUCUUACUAAACUUCAAAUUUAAAAUAGGUAACAGAAAAAGAAUAAUGUGUCCCUGAUUUAUUAUGUUUAUUAUAACUUUGAUAAACCUAAAAAAAUGUGUACGUGUCUACACGUGCUUUGCGCUUACGUUAUUGUAAUUAUGUAAUUCUAAAAUUGCUGACUUUUUUGUAAAACAUAAAACCUUUUAUGUUUUUUAUCGGUUUUCUAUAAAUGAAUUUAUACUUUCUAAAUAGUUAUUUAGAAAAUAUCGGCAGUCUAUAUUAUGAUAUGCAAUUGAAACGAAUUUAUUGUACUACAAACGUGUUUAUACGAUCAGUUAAAUGAAUAAGUAUUAUAUUAACGUAUUUUUAAAACAGACCGCAAUUAUUUGGUGUAAACGUUGUGUAUCUAAUUUUAAAACCGUAAUGAGUCCAUGUGAAGACAAUUUUUACAAGCAAGCAAUUGUGGCUUUAAAUGCACUACAAUCUAAUCAAAAGUAUAUAAACAAUAUCAAUAAAAAUAGUUAUAAGUUUAAUAACUUUGAAAAAUUUCUAAAUCGAGCUGGAAUUAAGGUAGAUGACUUAGAUCAACUCUCCAUAAUCCACGUUUCAGGUACUAAAGGUAAAGGAACAACUUGUGCUUUUUGUGAAAACAUCUUGCAACAACAUGGGUACAAAACUGGAUUUUUUUCUUCCCCGCACUUAUUGGAGGUUCGUGAAAGAAUAAGGGUUAAUGGAAUUCCUUUAGAAAGAGAAAAGUUUGGAAAUUAUUUUUGGGAUGUAUAUAGAAAAUUGGAUUUAGUUAAAGAGCAUUCCACUGACAUGCCUGGGUAUUUUGCCUUUUUAACUAUAGUAGCAUUUUAUGUGUUUCUAAAAGAGAAAGUUGAUGUGGCUCUAGUUGAAGUUGGAAUUGGAGGAGAAUCGGAUUGUACGAAUAUAAUAAAAAAUACGGACGUUGUUGGGAUAACAUCUUUAGGAAUAGACCAUACAAUUUUACUUGGAAACACAAUUGAAGAAAUAGCGUGGCAGAAAGCUGGUAUAAUGAAAAAAGGCUGCAAAGCAUUUACAGUUCCACAGCCUGAAACUGCACUGAAAAUUCUUAAAGAAAGGAGUAGGGAGAAAGAAUGCUCUUUAGAAGUUGUCCAGCCUCUUGUAAAUGGUUUGAUAAAUGUAAAAAGUUCAUUUAUCCCAGUCGAUAUUUUUAAAUUUAAUGUCAGUUUAGCUCUUGCUUUAGCGGAAGGUUGGGUACAAAUAAAAGGUUUCAAGUCUUUAAAAUCUCAAAUUAUAGAACGUGCGAUCGAAAAUACUUGCUGGCCAGGUCGAUUUCAAGUUAUUUUCGAAAAAAAUUCUAGGUUUUUUUUGGAUGGCGCACAUACACAAGAGAGUAUUACAAUUUGUUCAAACUGGUUCUAUGAAAAAACAUGUUCUGCUCCUGAACCUAAAGUGUUGGUCUUUAAUGUGACUGGUGAUCGUAAUUCAAAAAACUUUUUAAAAAUACUUAGAAAAUGUAAUUUCAAUCAGGUUUACUUUGUUCCAAAUAAGUCUUAUGUACAAGUUAGUGCAGAUCAAUCAUACACCCCUUCCAAAAACGAUACGCAAAUUUUGAUUUGCAAAGAACACCUACGAAUUUGGGAGAGUUUUUAUAAUGUACCUAAUUUUGAAGCAGAUAGUGCUCAAAUAUGUAAUAGUGUUUAUGAUGCAUUUCAACAAAUAUGGAAGAACAACAAGCGGAACUACAACGUUCUUGUGACUGGUUCUCUACACCUAGUAGGAUCAGCUAUUGCUGUGAUUAAAAAGGACGACUAUGAUUUGUAAUUUAGUUUACAUUAGUGUACGAGCCUAAAUAAGCAGUUUGUGGAAACUCUCGAAUUAUUGUUUCAUGUUUGUUAAUAUUUUUCGCUUAUUUCGUUAUUAUAAACUUAAAACAAUGUUAAUAAUAAUAUCAACGAU